UUCGCACAUCGCCCGAGCCCGGAUGCGAGGGGGGGGGGGGGUCCCUCGGCACGGGCUGCAGCCGUCGCCCGAACGCCCCCCUGGCAGCGGGCUGCGGCCUAAGGCCGGCCGGGGGAUCGUGACUGCCCCCCGCGGCCUCCCCGAGAAGCGAGGCCGGCCCGUCUGGAGGGUCCCGGGCGGCGGCGCGGCCCCUUUAAGAGCGCAGCGCGGGAAAAGCGGGGGCGGGGCUUAGCCGGCCCGCGAAAGUGGCCACUUUGUAUCCGCGGCGGUAGCAGCAGCAGCGGCGGCGGCGGUCGAGAUGGCGCAGCUCCGCCUGACCCGCUUCUUCCCGCAGAGCAAGGCCGGCCGGGAGCAGCCGCGGGGCGCCAAGCGGCGGAAAGGGGCGGCGGGGGAGCCGGGGCUGGAGCCGGAGGGCGACUGGGCCGGCCCCGCUGAGCAGAAGCCGCGGCUGGGUCCGCCCGGGACUCCGCUCGCCUCCGCACCCCCGCCGGCCGGGCCGCCCAGCAGGAAGAGGCGCCGCUCGGAGCCCGAGAUGGAAGCGGAGCGGAGCCCCGUCGCCCCGCAUCGCCGCCCGCCCAAAGGGGGCGCCAGGAAGAGGCUGCUGAUGCCCCCGGAGGAGGAGACGGCGGUCUCUGCCUGCCCCUCAUCCACAGCAGCUCUGGCGCCCGCCAGCCCCUCCUCCCUGGAUAAGGAAGCCAAGGAGCUGGUGAACAAGAUUCUCUCACCUGGCUUGAAGUUGGGGGGGACCUCGGGGGCUGUGGCUGGUCCAGAGGAGAAGGAUGCACCCCAAAAGCAGCACCUGGAGCUGAAGAGCCGUCUGGGCAAGAUCCAGAGCCUGGUGCAGAAGAUCAAGGGCGGAACUGCCCACCUGGAAUCUGAUGGCGACCUAAAGGGCCGAUUGGAACGGGCCCGGCUGCUGGAAUCCCAGAUCCGCCAGAGGAAACUCUCCCCACAAGAGGGGAGGAAGGACCUGGCACCCACAGCAGAGACCAGUGAGAAGGUGCCGGCCUAUCAGCGCUUCCACACCCUCGCCCAAGAUGUGCCCCCCGGUCUGCUCCUGCCGUACAAAUACAAGGUGCUGGCCGAGAUGUUCCGCAGCACAGACACCAUCGUGGCGAUGAUGUUCAACCGCUUGGAAGCGGUCACCUUUGCCAAGGUCAAGCAGGGCGUGCAGGAGAUGACACGCAAGCGCUUUGAAGAACGGCACUUGGGGCAGAUGAAGACGGUGUACCCAGGUUCUUACGUCCUGCGCCAAGAGAGAAACAUCCCUACCUUUGGUGGACCGGGGAAGCAGGGCGCCUACCAGCUGACUAUCGAGCCAGAGCUGGGAACAGGUGGGUCUGGGCAGGCGGCCCCCUGCUUUCACAAGCCCUUUGUGUGA